AUGAAAGGCGAGGUGCUCAAUGUCAAGGAGGAACAGCAUGCGGAGAUGCUGGAGCAGUCGAAGGUGGCAACUCACAUUGAACACUCCCUGGGGGUCAUCGAGGCCAUCAAGCUAUACCCUUAUGCGGUAUUCUGGGCAGCGCUAUUCGCCUGGUCAUUGGUAAUGGUUGGCUACGACUCAGGCUUGAUAUACAGCUUCUAUGCUUUGCCGGCCUUCGUCAAGAAGUAUGGUCACAAUUACGGCGGGGACAUCGGAUAUGAGGUGUCCGCGAAAUGGCAAAACGUUCUCGGCAUGGGUACGCCAGUUGGGCAGUUCCUCGGAGCGUUCACUGCAUCCUGGCCCAUGGAAAGAUGGGGUCGGAAGAAAGUAUUCUGGGGCUCUUUGUUCUUCAGCACGGCCUUCAUCUUCCUGCAGAUGUUUGCGAAUAGCAUCCACACUUUGGCUGCUGGAGAGUUCCUUGCUGGCAUCCUCUAUGGCACUUACGUCGUGCUAGCACCUACUUAUGCUUCUGAGGUUUGCCCGUUGGCGCUUCGGGGCAUCCUGAACGCCGGCAUGAAUUUAGCCUAUGUCAUCGGACAAUUUGUCGCCUCUGGCGUCGGCAAGGGCUUCUCGGAAAAUACAACACAAUGGGCAUAUCGCAUCCCUUUCGCCAUCCAAUGGGUCUGGAUCCCGAUCCUGGGCCUCGGCCUCUUCUUCGCACCCGAAAGCCCCUGGUGGCUUGUCCGAAAAGGGCGCAUCGCCGAAGCUGAACACGCCCUCAGGCGCCUAGCCAAGGAUUCGCCCAGGGUCGACAUCAAAGCCACUCUUGCCAAUAUCGAAGCCACUACGCUGCACGAGAUUGAAAUCGAGAAGGACACGACAUUCAUCGAGUGCUUUAGGGCGUCGAGCCGGGCGCGCACGGAAGUCGCCAUCAUGGUGCAGAUAUUCCAAGUCAUCACGGGCAUUUCUCUGAUUGGAUAUGCCGUCUACUUCUUCACACUUGCCGGUCUUCCCACGAGUGCUUCCUUCAACAUGGGUGUGGGCAACACGGCGAUUGGGUUCGUGGCGACUUGCUGCUCUUGGGUCUUCAUGUCCUUCUUUGGUCGCCGCACGAUCUACAUGUACGGCGUGGGCGUGAUGGCGAUUUCGCUCUUCAUCAUCGGUAUCUUGGACUGUGCGCCAAACUAUACCUCACGUCCUGGCAUCGCCUGGGCUCAGGCAGGUCUGCUCGACUUCUUGACCUUUGUCUUCCAGAGCACGGUCGGUCCGAUCAAUUUUGUCAUUUUCGCCGAAAUCGGGGCCACUCGUCUGCGGUCACAGACGGUUGCUUUAGCUACAAGUAGCGGCUCUAUCGCUCAAAUCAUCAUGACCGUCCUAGUGCCAUACAUGCUGAAUGCGUCGUCGUGGAACUGGCGGGGGAAAACCGGUUUCUUCUUUGCGGCAUUCAGCACCAUUGCCACGGUAUGGUGCUAUUUCCGCUUACCUGAGACAAAGGGCCGCACGUAUCAAGAGCUGGACUACAUGUUUGAGAAGGGUGUUCCGGCGCGGAAAUUCAAGGACUACCAGAUUGCCGAAGUCCACGAUGUUGAGGUUUGA